AUGGCUCUGAUGUCCAGAGUGGCUGUCAUCGCCGAGGCCCGUGAGCCUCAUCAGCCGCUCUGUGGGCUCAUGCAGGCUUUUCUAGGCCGUCCUGGACCAACUACGGCCCUGUCCUAUCCGUGUCCUUCUGGCUCAUCAGCGCCUCUCGGAGCAUCCUGGUCGGAGAAAGACCCUCCCCUUUCUCUGAAGUCUCCCUCUGCAGCCCACUCCUCUAAAGUCCACUCCUCUAAAGCCCACUCCUCUAAAGCCCACUCCUCUAAAGUCCACUCCUCUAAAGCCCACUCCUCUAAAGUCCACUCCUUUAAAGUCCACUCCUGUAAAGUCCACUCCUCUAAAGUCCACUCCUCUAAAGCCCGCUCCUCUAAAGUCCACUCCUCUAAAGUCCACUCCUCCGCAGCCCACUCCUCUAAAGUCCACUCCUCUAAAGCCCACUCCUCUAAAGUCCACUCCUCUAAAGCACACUCCUCUAAAGUCCACUCCUCUAAAGCACACUCCUCUAAAGUCCACUCCUGUAAAGCCCUCUCCUCUAAAGCCCUCUCCUCUAAAGCCCACUCCUCCGCAGCCCACUCCUCUAAAGUCCACUCCUCUAAAGCCCACUCCUCUAAAGUCCACUCCUCUAAAGUCCACUCCUCUAAAGCCCACUCCUCUAAAGUCCACUCCUCUAAAGCACACUCCUCUAAAGUCCACUCCUCUAAAGUCCACUCCUCUAAAGUCCACUCCUCUAAAGUCUACUCCUCUAAAGUCCACUCCUCUAAAGUCCACUCCUCUAAAGUCCACUCCUCUAAAGUCCACUCCUCUAAAGUCUACUCCUCUAAAGCCCACUCCUCUAAAGCCCACUCCUCUAAAGUCCACUCCUCUAAAGCCCACUCCUCUAAAGCCCACUCCUCUAAAGCCCACUCCUGUAAAGUCCACUCCUCUAAAGUCCACUCCUCUAAAGCCCACUCCUCUAAAGUCCACUCCUGUAAAGUCCACUCCUCUAAAGUCCACUCCUCUAAAGCCCACUCCUCUAAAGUCCACUCCUGUAAAGUCCACUCCUCUAAAGUCCACUCCUCUAAAGUCCACUCCUCUAAAGCCCACUCCUCUAAAGUCUACUCCUGUAAAGUCCACUCCUCCGCAGUCCACUCCUCUAAAGUCCACUCCUCUAAAGCCCACUCCUCUAAAGUCCACUCCUGUAAAGUCCACUCCUCCGCAGUCCACUCCUCUAAAGUCCACUCCUCUAAAGCCCACUCCUCUAAAGUCCACUCCUCUAAAGCCCACUCCUCUAAAGUCCACUCCUGUAAAGUCCACUCCUCUAAAGCCCACUCCUCUAAAGUCCACUCCUGUAAAGUCCACUCCUCUAAAGUCUACUCCUCUAAAGCCCACUCCUCUAAAGUCCACUCCUCUAAAGUCCACUCCUGUAAAGUCCACUCCUCUAAAGUCCACUCCUCUAAAGUCUACUCCUCUAAAGUCCACUCCUCUAAAGUCCACUCCUCUAAAGCCCACUCCUCUAAAGUCCACUCCUCUAAAGCCCACUCCUCUAAAGCCCACUCCUCUAAAGCCCACUCCUCUAAAGCCCACUCCUCUAAAGUCCACUCCUCUAAAGUCCACUUCUCUAAAGUCCACUCCUCUAAAGUCUACUCCUCUAAAGCCCACUCCUCUAAAGUCCACUCCUCUAAAGUCCACUCCUGUAAAGUCCACUCCUCUAAAGUCCACUCCUCUAAAGUCUACUCCUCUAAAGUCCACUCCUCUAAAGUCCACUCCUCUAAAGCCCACUCCUCUAAAGUCCACUCCUCUAAAGCCCACUCCUCUAAAGCCCACUCCUCUAAAGCCCACUCCUCUAAAGCCCACUCCUCUAAAGUCCACUCCUCUAAAGUCCACUCCUCCGCAGCCCACUCCUCUAAAGUCCACUCCUCCGCAGCCCACUCCUCUAAAGUCCACUCCUCUAAAGCCCACUCCUCUAAAGUCCACUCCUCUAAAGCCCACUCCUCUAAAGUCCACUCCUGUAAAGUCCACUCCUCUAAAGUCCACUCCUCUAAAGUCCACUCCUCUAAAGUCCACUCCUCUAAAGCCCACUCCUCUAAAGCCCACUCCUCUAAAGUCCACUCCUCUAAAGGCCACUCCUCUGCAGCCCACUCCUCUAAAGUCCACUCCUCUAAAGUCCACUCCUCUAAAGCCCACUCCUCUAAAGCCCACUCCUCUAAAGUCCACUCCUGUAAAGUCCACUCCUCUAAAGCCCACUCCUCUAAAGUCCACUCCUCUAAAGUCCACUCCUCUAAAGUCCACUCCUCUAAAGUCCACUCCUCUAAAGUCCACUCCUCCGCAGCCCACUCCUCUAAAGCCCACUCCUCUAAAGUCCACUCCUCUAAAGUCCACUCCUCUAAAGUCCACUCCUCUAAAGUCCACUCCUCCGCAGCCCACUCCUCUAAAGCCCACUCCUCUAAAGUCCACUCCUCUAAAGUCCACUCCUCUAAAGUCCACUCCUCUAAAGCCCACUCCUCUAAAGCCCACUCCUCUAAAGUCCACUCCUCUAAAGCCCACUCCUCUAAAGCCCACUCCUCUAAAGUCCACUCCUCUAAAGUCCACUCCUCUAAAGUCCACUCCUCUAAAGCCCACUCCUCUAAAGCCCACUCCUCUAAAGCCCACUCCUCUAAAUCCACUCCUCCUAAAGCCCACUCCUCUAAAGCCCACUCCUCUAAAGUCCACUCCUCUAAAGUCCACUCCUGUAAAGUCCACUCCUCUAAAGCCCACUCCUCUAAAGUCCACUCCUCUAAAGUCCACUCCUCUAAAGCCCACUCCUCUAAAGCCCACUCCUGUAAAGUCCACUCCUCUAAAGCCCACUCCUCUAAAGCCCACUCCUCUAAAGUCCACUCCUCUAAAGUCCACUCCUCUAAAGUCCACUCCUCUAAAGUCCACUCCUCUAAAGUCCACUCCUCCGCAGCCCACUCCUCUAAAGCCCACUCCUCUAAAGUCCACUCCUCUAAAGUCCACUCCUCUAAAGUCCACUCCUCUAAAGCCCACUCCUCUAAAGCCCACUCCUCUAAAGCCCACUCCUCUAAAGCCCACUCCUCUAAAGUCCACUUCUCUAAAGUCCACUCCUCUAAAGUCCACUCCUCUAAAGCCCACUCCUCUAAAGCCCACUCCUCUAAAGCCCACUCCUCUAAAGUCCACUUCUCUAAAGUCCACUCCUCUAAAGUCCACUCCUCUAAAGUCCACUCCUCCGCAGCCCACUCCUCUAAAGUCCACUCCUCCGCAGCCCACUCCUCUAAAGUCCACUCCUCUAAAGCCCACUCCUCUAAAGUCCACUCCUCUAAAGCCCACUCCUCUAAAGUCCACUCCUGUAAAGUCCACUCCUCUAAAGCCCACUCCUCUAAAGCCCACUCCUCUAAAGUCCACUCCUCUAAAGUCCACUCCUGUAAAGUCCACUCCUCUAAAGCCCACUCCUCUAAAGCCCACUCCUCUAAAGUCCACUCCUCUAAAGUCCACUCCUCUAAAGUCCACUCCUCUAAAGUCCACUCCUCUAAAGUCCACUCCUCUAAAGCCCACUCCUCUAAAGCCCACUCCUCUAAAGGCCACUCCUCUGCAGCCCACUCCUCUAAAGUCCACUCCUCUAAAGUCCACUCCUCUAAAGUCCACUCCUCUAAAGCCCACUCCUCUAAAGCCCACUCCUCUAAAGUCCACUCCUCUAAAGGCCACUCCUCUGCAGCCCACUCCUCUAAAGUCCACUCCUCUAAAGUCCACUCCUCUAAAGCCCACUCCUCUAAAGCCCACUCCUCUAAAGUCCACUCCUCUAAAGUCCACUCCUGUAAAGUCCACUCCUCUAAAGCCCACUCCUCUAAAGCCCACUCCUCUAAAGUCCACUCCUCUAAAGUCCACUCCUCUAAAGUCCACUCCUCUAAAGUCCACUCCUCCGCAGCCCACUCCUCUAAAGCCCACUCCUCUAAAGCCCACUCCUCUAAAGUCCACUCCUCUAAAGGCCACUCCUCUGCAGCCCACUCCUCUAAAGUCCACUCCUCUAAAGUCCACUCCUCUAAAGCCCACUCCUCUAAAGCCCACUCCUCUAAAGUCCACUCCUCUAAAGUCCACUCCUGUAAAGUCCACUCCUCUAAAGCCCACUCCUCUAAAGCCCACUCCUCUAAAGUCCACUCCUCUAAAGUCCACUCCUCUAAAGUCCACUCCUCUAAAGUCCACUCCUCUAAAGUCCACUCCUCCGCAGCCCACUCCUCUAAAGCCCACUCCUCUAAAGUGCACUCCUCUAAAGUCCACUCCUCUAAAGUCCACUCCUCCGCAGCCCACUCCUCUAAAGUCCACUCCUCUAAAGCCCACUCCUCUAAAGUCCACUCCUGUAAAGUCCACUCCUCUAAAGUCCACUCCUCUAAAGUCCACUCCUCUAAAGCCCACUCCUCUAAAGUCUACUCCUCUAAAGCCCACUCCUCUAAAGUCCACUCCUCUAAAGCCCACUCCUCUAAAGUCCACUCCUGUAAAGUCCACUCCUCCGCAGUCCACUCCUCUAAAGUCCACUCCUCUAAAGCCCACUCCUCUAAAGUCCACUCCUGUAAAGUCCACUCCUCUAAAGCCCACUCCUCUAAAGUCCACUCCUGUAAAGUCCACUCCUCUAAAGUCUACUCCUCUAAAGCCCACUCCUCUAAAGUCCACUCCUCUAAAGCCCACUCCUCUAAAGUCCACUCCUCUAAAGUCCACUCCUCUAAAGUCUACUCCUCUAAAGUCCACUCCUCUAAAGUCCACUCCUCUAAAGUCCACUCCUCUAAAGUCCACUCCUCUAAAGCCCACUCCUCUAAAGUCCACUCCUCUAAAGCCCACUCCUCUAAAGCCCACUCCUCUAAAGUCCACUUCUCUAAAGUCCACUCCUCUAAAGUCCACUCCUCUAAAGCCCACUCCUCUAAAGUCCACUCCUCUAAAGUCCACUCCUCUAAAGUCCACUCCUCCGCAGCCCACUCCUCUAAAGCCCACUCCUCUAAAGUCCACUCCUCUAAAGUCCACUCCUCUAAAGUCCACUCCUCUAAAGUCCACUCCUCCGCAGCCCACUCCUCUAAAGCCCACUCCUCUAAAGUCCACUCCUCUAAAGUCCACUCCUCUAAAGUCCACUCCUCCACAGCCCACUCCUCUAAAGUCCACUCCUCUAAAGGCCACUCCUCUGCAGCCCACUCCUCUAAAGUCCACUCCUCUAAAGUCCACUCCUCUAAAGCCCACUCCUCUAAAGCCCACUCCUCUAAAGUCCACUCCUCUAAAGUCCACUCCUGUAAAGUCCACUCCUCUAAAGCCCACUCCUCUAAAGCCCACUCCUCUAAAGCCCACUCCUCUAAAGUCCACUCCUCUAAAGUCCACUCCUGUAAAGUCCACUCCUCUAAAGUCCACUCCUCUAAAGCCCACUCCUCUAAAGUCCACUCCUCUAAAGUCCACUCCUGUAAAGUCCACUCCUCUAAAGUCCACUCCUCUAAAGCCCACUCCUUUAAAGUCCACUCCUCUAAAGUCCACUCCUCCGCAGCCCACUCCUCUAAAGCCCACUCCUCUAAAGUCCACUCCUCUAAAGUCCACUCCUCUAAAGUCCACUCCUCUAAAGUCCACUCCUCUAAAGUCCACUCCUCUAAAGCCCACUCCUCUAAAGCCCACUCCUCUAAAGUCCACUCCUCUAAAGCCCACUCCUCUAAAGCCCACUCCUCUAAAGUCCACUCCUCUAAAGUCCACUCCUCUAAAGUCCACUCCUCUAAAGCCCACUCCUCUAAAGCCCACUCCUCUAAAGUCCACUCCUCUAAAGCCCACUCCUCUAAAGUCCACUCCUCUAAAGCCCACUCCUCUAAAGCCCACUCCUCUAAAGCCCACUCCUCUAAAGUCCACUCCUCUAAAGUCCACUCCUCCGCAGCCCACUCCUCUAAAGUCCACUCCUCUAAAGCCCACUCCUCUAAAGUCCACUCCUGUAAAGUCCACUCCUCUAAAGUCCACUCCUCUAAAGUCCACUCCUCUAAAGCCCACUCCUCUAAAGUCUACUCCUCUAAAGCCCACUCCUCUAAAGUCCACUCCUCUAAAGCCCACUCCUCUAAAGUCCACUCCUGUAAAGUCCACUCCUCCGCAGUCCACUCCUCUAAAGUCCACUCCUCUAAAGCCCACUCCUCUAAAGUCCACUCCUGUAAAGUCCACUCCUCUAAAGCCCACUCCUCUAAAGUCCACUCCUGUAAAGUCCACUCCUCUAAAGUCUACUCCUCUAAAGCCCACUCCUCUAAAGUCCACUCCUCUAAAGUCCACUCCUCUAAAGCCCACUCCUCUAAAGUCCACUCCUCCGCAGCCCACUCCUCUAAAGCCCACUCCUCUAAAGUCCACUCCUCUAAAGUCCACUCCUGUAAAGUCCACUCCUCUAAAGUCCACUCCUCUAAAGUCCACUCCUCUAAAGUCCACUUCUCUAAAGUCCACUCCUCUAAAGUCCACUCCUCUAAAGCCCACUCCUCCGCAGCCCACUCCUCUAAAGCCCACUCCUCUAAAGUCCACUCCUCUAAAGCCCACUCCUCUAAAGUCCACUCCUCUAAAGUCCACUCCUCUAAAGCCCACUCCUCUAAAGUCCACUCCUCUAAAGUCCACUCCUCUAAAGUCCACUUCUCUAAAGCCCACUCCUCUAAAGUCCACUCCUCUAAAGCCCACUCCUCUAAAGCCCACUCCUCUAAAGCCCACUCCUCUAAAGCCCACUCCUCUAAAGUCCACUUCUCUAAAGUCCACUCCUCUAAAGUCCACUCCUCUAAAGCCCACUCCUCUAAAGCCCACUACUCUAAAGCCCACUCCUCUAAAGCCCACUCCUCUAAAGUCCACUCCUCUAAAGCCCACUCCUCUAAAGCCCACUCCUCUAAAGCCCACUCCUCUAAAGUCCACUCCUCUAAAGCCCACUCCUCUAAAGCCCACUCCUCUAAAGUCCACUCCUCUAAAGACCACUCCUCUAAAGUCCACUCCUCUAAAGCCCACUCCUCUAAAGGCCACUCCUCUAAAGUCCACUCCUCCGCAGCCCACUCCUCUAAAGUCCACUCCUCUAAAGUCCACUCCUCUAAAGUCCACUCCUCCGCAGUCCACUCCUCUAAAGUCCACUCCUCCGCAGUCCACUCCUCUAAAGUCCACUCCUCUAAAGUCCACUCCUCUAAAGCCCACUCCUCUAAAGUCCACUCCUCUAAAGCCCACUCCUCUAAAGCCCUCUCCUCUAAAGCCCACUCCUCUAAAGCCCUCUCCUCUAAAGCCCUCUCCUCUAAAGCCCUCUCCUCUAAAGUCCACUCCUCUAAAGCCCACUCCUCUAAAGUCCACUCCUCUAAAGCCCACUCCUCUAAAGUCCACUCCUCUAAAGCCCUCUCCUCUAAAGCCCUCUCCUCUAAAGUCCACUCCUCUAAAGCCCACUCCUCUAAAGUCCACUCCUCUAAAGCCCACUCCUCUAAAGUCCACUCCUCUAAAGCCCACUCCUCUAAAGUCCACUCCUCUAAAGUCCACUCCUCUAAAGUCCACUCCUCUAAAGCCCACUCCUCUAAAGUCCACUCCUCCGCAGUCCACUCCUCUAAAGCCCACUCCUCUAAAGCCCACUCCUCUAAAGUCCACUCCUCUAAAGUCCACUCCUCUAAAGUCCACUCCUCUAAAGCCCACUCCUCUAAAGUCCACUCCUCUAAAGCCCACUCCUCUAAAGCCCACUCCUCUAAAGCCCACUCCUCUAAAGUCCACUCCUCUAAAGUCCACUCCUCUAAAGUCCACUCCUCUAAAGCCCACUCCUCUAAAGUCCACUCCUCUAAAGCCCACUCCUCUAAAGCCCACUCCUCUAAAGCCCACUCCUCUAGAGCCCACUCCUCUAAAGUCCACUCCUCUAAAGUCCACUCCUCUAAAGCCCACUCCUCUAAAGUCCACUCCUCUAAAGUCCACUCCUCUAAAGCCCACUCCUCUAAAGCCCACUCCUCUAAAGCCCUCUCCUCUAAAGCCCAGUGCUGUGCCGCUGUGGGUGUUUUGGAAACUCUAAAUGGACAAAAGCAAAACGUAUCCAAUAGCAGGAAACAUGCACAGUUUCUUUAA